CUUUCCAUACGGAAAAUAAUAUUUACAAAGGUAUUUGACUCUGCUUACAGAUGAAAUCAAGUAAUAUCAAAGAAGUAUGCAGUGUUCAAUCACUACAUUAAAUGGAAAAUUGUAACUCUGUAAAUAUUCUCUUAUAUCUCGGAGCACAUUAUGUCGACUUGUGAUGAACUAAUAGGCUAUUUCAUACAAAUGUCCAUAAUAUGUUUUUUUUUGGUCAUUUGUCCUAUAAAUCUGUCUAAAUAUACUGACUUGUGUACAUUUUAAGCAAUAAUAAGCUGUUGUGUUAAUUUGGGUGUCUUUAGAGAAGGAUAAGCAUAGAUAUGUGCAGCACAGUGGGUGGAUUAGGGGGAAAAAAUAAACUGCAAAAAUUAUAUUUAUGAUAUCGUUACAAAUAACGGAAUGAACUGUCUCUGUUUUGGUAUUUUGAAAAUGUUUCCAUUAUCAAAAUAAUAAUAAUAUUUUUAGGUUUAUUAUUAUCCUCCUAAACUUAAACUGCUUCUGUUCUUAAAUACCCUUAUUUCAUUUCUUUUGUGCUUCACAAGUAAAGAAGGUGGAGUAAAUGUAAAUGUGAAUAUAAAUGUAAAUGUGAAUGAACUCACGCAGUGAAAGUUUCAACGGCUGCAUGGAGAUUAAUGGGCCCUUAAGAAGCACUUUCCGCACAUUAGCACCUGGAGGAUGAUAAAGAGCGAGCUGUGUGAACUGUCCUGAUAUAAACUCCUCUGUGUUUGUGGUUGCCUUCAUUGCUGUGAGUUUGUACAACCGGUGCAAGAUGAGUACAUGUGAAGCCUGCAGGAAAACAGAGAAACACGGUGUCACACUGCACAGGUAGAUUACUACACAACGAACACACUUGACUUACUCAUAGUAAUACUGUUUCAUUGUUUAUGCAUGUCUGUGCUCCUCUCUCCUGCAGAUUCCCUCCGGAAGAGGAGCAGCUCCAGCUCUGGAUCUCCAGCAUGCGGACAGCUGCAGGAUGGAGACCCUCAGAGUCUGCACGUUUAUGUUCAGAUCAUUUCACCUCCGACUGCUUCCAGACUUCAGGACAUUUAUACUCCUUCGCUGUCCCCUCUGUGUUUCAGUCCACGGUAGGUCUUCAUUGUUUACAUUAUUUUACAUUUAAGAUGAUGAAACAUUUUGGAGGCAGGGACCCCUUUACUUUCAGCAGGAUCCCUUCAGCAGGCAGAUUUAUUUUUAUGAAUAUAAUAUUAUACUCAUUCUACAGAGGUGAAGAAACAUCCGUGACACGCCCAGAAACUUCCGAACACAAACUGUGUGAUGGCUGUGAAAAACAACUCCACCUGAUUGAAAAGUCGUACAAACUAAAAUUACUGUCAGCCCAACUGAAAUUGAAGAAGUACGAAAAGCAACUGAGUGAGCAUUCCCACAAGAUGACAAAGCUAGAGAGAAGAGUGGUUGUUUUACAGACCGCAGUGAAGGUCAUGAAAAUGAGGAAGCUCAUGUCCACACCCAAAAGAUCAGAAUCUUCAUCAAAUACCACCGGCUUGUAG